AUGGUUUUAGAUACGUUUCAUGAACAUGACCCUGAACGUAAUAAAGAAUCAAUCUUAUCAUCUCUGAAAAAAUGUGUGGACCCAUCUGGUGGUAGUUUAUUGGAAAUAUCUUCUGGAACUGGUCAGCAUAUAUCAUAUUUUGCAGAAAAUUUUCCAAAUAUUGAGUUUCAGCCAACUGAAAUUUAUAGACGACUCUUUGAAACUAUAAAUGCUUGUACAAAAUAUAAUUUGUCAAAUGUAUUACCAGCAAAAUAUUUGGAUAUAUCCUCUGAUCUAUCUGUAUGGCUUAGUGGUCAAUUGAUGAAUAAACAAUAUGAUUAUAUAUUGAAUAUAAACAUGUUGCAUGUUUCUAAUUAUAUAUGUACAGGAGGUUUAGUUUUUAAAAGUAAAAUCAUUUUAAUUAAUGGUUUUUAUUAAUCUUAACUUAAUGUACAAUAACUAUUUUAUAUAUUUUUAGGAUUGUUUAGGGGUAGCUGUUGUGCAUUAAAGCCAAAAGGUAAAAUUUUUACGUGUGGACUAUAUACAGAUAAUUAUAAGCUAACUCCUACUAGGAAAUUUGUAUUUGAUAGUAAUUUGAAUAUGCAUAAUGCAAAAUGGGGGCUAAGAGACAUUACUCAUCAACUUAUUCCAAAUGCAUUCAUGUAUGGAUUUACAUUAACAGAAAACGUGAGAACAUAUCCUCAUGAGACACCAUCUGACAAUAGUUUUUUGGUGUGGUCUAAAACCUUUAGUUUACUGGUUAACAAUAACAUCCCAGGAUAACUAGUGUGUAUUAUUAAUUUUCCAUAUUUAUAAAGUACCUAUGAGUACUAAAAACUAGUAUUUUUAACCUAAUUUAAGUUUUUCUAACUUUUAAGUAAUUUUAGUUAAUUUUGUUAGGAACAAAUACGUAUUUUUUAUUGUAUAAAAAUAGUACUGUUGUCUGAUACCCUAACCACAUAGUUGACAAAUUUUUAAGUCUUGUGACCUUAAUCAGAGAAGCCUUGAGCUACAUUAUUUAGGAAAACUUAUUUUGGAUUCCUCCCCUGAAGUUAGGACUGUAUUAUUUUAAUUAUAUUACUUGGUUUUAAAGUGAAUGAUGUAUAGGUACUAUUUAGAACAAGAAAAACGUUUAGUCAUUAAACAUUCAAACAAUAUUGGUGUGGUACUUCCAACAUAUAAUCAAAUUGAUUUUAAUCGCCGUAGAUCUCCUUAUAUAUAAAUAUAAUUAAAUUAAUUUUAUCUUAUCCUUUAAAUUGGAGAAAGGUACAUAGUACAUGUUAAUUGUUUUCGGAAUUACAGGUGGACUGUGUACUGCAUAUUAUUUAUGUAUUAUAGUUAUAAAUAUUAUAUUAUAU